UUUCUUUUUUUUCUCGUUCUCGCUCUCUUUCUUUCUGCAGUUGUUCAAUGCUUCCGCUCUAUCUUUUUGUCCACUGUUUCACGUGUAUUUUUUGAUAUUUCUGCGAUUAUUUCCUGAAAUUCCAACAAAAUGGGUCGUAUGCAUGCACCUGGCAAGGGUAUAUCCCAAUCAGCUUUACCAUAUCGUCGCAGUGUACCAAGCUGGCUCAAAUUGACGACUGAUGAUGUAGUUGAUCAUAUCUCGAAAUUGGCAAAGAAAGGCAUGCGACCAUCACAAAUUGGUGUUAUGCUUAGAGAUUGGUAUGGUGUUGCUCAGGUUCGUUGGGUGACUGGUAACAAAAUUUUGCGUAUUCUUAAGAAACGAGGCCUAGCACCAUCAUUGCCCGAAGAUUUAUAUUAUUUGAUCAAAAAAGCUGUUGCCAUUCGUAAACAUUUGGAACGAAACAGGAAAGAUAAAGAUGCCAAAUUUCGAUUGAUUUUGGUGGAAAGCCGUAUUCAUCGUUUGGCUCGUUAUUAUAAAACCAAAAGUGUGCUUGCACCAAAUUGGCGAUACGAAUCAUCGACCGCUUCAGCAUUGGUUGCAUAGAUUUAAGAAAUAAUUUUUUUUUUUUCAUUUAUCUUUUGACAACAACAACAACAAC